AUGCGUUUCAAUUCCUUGGUUCUUGCCGUCUUGGCGUCCAGCGGCUUCCAUGCCAGUGCCUUGCCCGUUGAGCCGAAACGAGAUGCUGCUGCUGUUGCCAAAUCAGAGGCAGCUCCAGGCUUCAAGCCCGUGAUCGUAUGGGAGCACACGAACAGCGACGAUGACGACGGCAUGGUGUAUCAAUGGCGUCGCAAGGAGUAA